UUAAGACCGAAAUCAUCAACUCAGACAUUUGUCUUGUGUGAAUUAAAAAUCAUAAUCGAAUCAUAACGGAAAAACAAACUCAAUUAAAAUGGCCAAACUUGGAUUGUUGUUCAUCGCAGUUUUCUGCAUCGUUCAAUUAACAUCGGCAGCUCGUGUUCCUCGUGAAAAUACUGAAACAACCACUGAAUCAUUCUCCGAUAAAGUUGCAGCAGGACUUAACAUUGCUGAACAACAACUCAAGAGUUUGUUUACGAAGGAAAAUGCUGACAAAGCGGCUCAGGCAAUUUCGACCGGUGCCAAUAGCGCUUACAAAAGUGCACAAACCGCUUUCGAUGAGCUAACAACUGGAUUGAAGCAGUUUAGCGAUGAUCUUCAAAAAGAACAAAAGAAAGAUUAGAUGCGCUGGAAGCGGGCCAUUUCAAGCAGCAAGCGAGAGAGCGAGAAAGAGAAUUUACAUUACUUUUACAAAAUAACUCAAAUCUGAAGGGGGAAUUCAGUUUGUUUCUUUGUAUUUUCUCGAAUUAAAAUAAUAAAAACACUUUCACUGCUGAUGGC